CUCAUAAGUCAUAACAAAACAUAACAGUUAUAUUAUUAUCGAAAAUCCAUGGCUUCUUUGUGGUCUACAAAUCUUGCAAUUUUGUUGCUAUUUGUAUAUCUUGUAUCAAAUUCUUUUGUUUCGGCUAAUUUCUACAAUGAUUUUGAUAUAACAUGGGGUGAUGGACGUGGGAAGAUACUGGAUAACGGGAACCUCUUGACUCUGUCACUUGACAAGUCCUCGGGUUCCGGGUUUGAAUCAAGAAACGAGUAUUUGUUUGGGAAAAUCGAUAUGCAACUUAAGUUGGUGCCUGGAAACUCUGCUGGCACUGUUACUGCGUAUUACUUGAGUUCAACGGGAACAAAGUGGGACGAAAUCGACUUUGAGUUCUUGGGUAACUUGAGUGGAGACCCUUAUAUUCUACAUACAAACGUGUUUACACAAGGCAAAGGCAAUCGAGAACAACAAUUUUACCUUUGGUUCGACCCAACCGCUGAUUUCCACACGUAUUCCAUCCUUUGGAACCCCCAACUCAUCCUAUUUUUGGUCGAUGAAAUCCCUAUUCGAGAAUUCAAGAACGCAGAGUCAAAAGGAGUACCAUUUCCAAAUAAUCAACCAAUGAGGAUACACUCGAGCUUAUGGAACGCUGAUGAUUGGGCAACACGGGGUGGGUUAGUAAAGACAGAUUGGAGCCAAGCUCCAUUCACAGCUUCCUAUAGGAACUUCAAUGCUCAGGCUUGUGUUGCAAAGCCAGGGUCACCGUCAUCAUGUGGUGGUGGUGGCUCAACCGCCUCGUGGUGGUCGGAGGUGGUGGAUAGUAGCAAACAAGAGAGGUUGAAAUGGGUGCAAAAGAAUUAUAUGGUUUAUAACUAUUGCUCGGAUUCUAAGAGGUUUCCUCAAGGAUAUCCACCCGAAUGCAACAUGGGUUAAGUACAUGGGUCGGUGUCAACCAUGAUGGUUUGAGUGGGGUGGGUCUGGACUCGGGUCUCAAGUAUUUUGUUUUUUCAUUUUUUGAUGUUUAUUUGUUUGUAUCUAGAUUUUUGUUGCAAGAG